GCUAUUUAGGGAAUUAAAUUCGAUAUAUCCUCAAUGAAUAUUUUUAUUUCUUCUACCUCUAAUCUUUAUACUAAAUACCUUAAAUAUAAACUUUACGAUUCCAUAUAAAACGAAUAUCUUUAAUGAGAAGAGAAAAACUCUGAAUAUCGACCAAACUUUAUGAAUUUCUUAUGAAAAUGCCUUUUUAAGGCGCGUCGCUCUUACUUUUAUAUUUGUUUAUUUAGAGCCACUGUUUCGUAAAUGCUUUUUUCUUUUAAAAAGUCACUUUAUAAACAUUCAUAUUUUUAAUUCAUAUUUUAUUUCCAUAUUCUUAUGGGAAUACAUUUUAGGCUUACCUUUUUAAGCGUGGCUUUAGAAAUUGUUUAUUACUCUUUAAUACAAAACUUGCAGAAAAAAUUUUUUUUGUUUUUAUCCAACAUCUCACAAAUAUUUAAUAUCAAAAUUUUCCAUGCGAGUCUAUUUCUCAACCUCAGUUUUCUGAGCGCCAAAUAUUUCCUGUGAUUUAAUUUUGUACAUUUUACUUACACACACAUUCAUACACUUAUGUGCAUAUUAGUGUGUGGUGUUAUGUGAACCAGUCUGUGAGUCAGCCCAUCAUUUACUGCAAGAACUGGAGGCUGUACUUCCGUUUCCUUGCAUUGGAAUAAUAGACAGCUUGUCAUUGGCUACAACACACUUACCAUACAAACCAGCUUGAUAGAACUGCAUAACACAUACCAAACUUUUGAGAACUCCAUUUGUAACAAUAACAACAACUUUGUUGCAAGAACUUUGAAACAGUUCUGUGACAACUGUAUGAACAUCUGACAACUAUUGGUCUUCACAAGUGUCACAAGAAGGAAGGUAUGCACAGGUGUGGACUGACUACGUCCCAGUUAUUUGAAUUAAUGCUUAAAUGACUGAAGCCAUGUUGUCAGUGUUGUUGAUAAUUGUGAUGUUGAUGGCUAACAGCUGCCUUUGUGUGGACCAUACCUACCACGUGAAAGAGAACAAUGAUAUAAACAGUUAUAUUGGAGAUAUUGUCACUGAUACACACUUACUGGAUAAUAUACAGUCACAGGACAAACUGACAUUUAACGUACUCCAGGGUGGCACUGAUGGAGGUGUUCAAUUGUUUAAUGUUACACCUGGAGGACAACUGCACACAGCUGCCAUAUUGGAUGCAGAAACUAUGUGCCAAUAUAAUGCGGAAUGUUUCAGGAUAUUAGAAAUAGCAGUUCAACAUGGCCAUUCUUUUAUCAAGAUAUUGGAAAUCAAAGUUAUAAUAGAAGAUGUCAAUGAUAAUUCUCCCAUGUUUCCCAACAAAGACUUUAAUAUACAGUUUGAUGAAAGUGCAACAAAAGGAAGAAAAGAAACACUUCCAAAUGCCUUUGACAAAGAUGUCAGUAUUGAGAACUCAAAAAUUUCUUAUCAACUGAGGAAUAACCAUGAAAAUAUAUUCCAGUUGUCAGUCUCGAGUAUUUCUGAUAGGCAAAGUAACAUUGAAUUAAUAUUGGGUGGGAGACUUGACCGAGAGAAAAAGCAAAGUUAUGCUCUUCAACUAAUUGCAGCAGAUGGAGGAUCACCAUCAAAGGAAAGUGUAUUGGACAUAAAAAUAUUAGUGAGGGAUAAAAAUGAUAAUGCUCCUGUAUUCUCUCAAAGUAUAUAUAAUGUAACAGUAAAUGAUACACACAGUAAAGAGAAGCCCAUUAUCAAAUUAAUAGCAACAGAUUUAGAUGAAGGGGAUAAUGGAAGAAUUGUGUAUAGUUUCAGCCAGGAUAUCUCAGAAAAAGACCGAAAAAAAUUCAUUUCAAAUCAAACCUCUGGAGAAAUAUAUAUAACAAACGAAUUUCAGUUUGGAAAAGUCUAUAAAUUGUUUAUUGAAGCCAGAGAUAAUGGUAAUCCUUCCAAGUUUUCUGUAGUGACUGUUGUUGUAAAUAGUAUCAGUCAUCUUAACAAUCCUCCCAAAAUUGAUGUCAAAUUUGUCUUAAAGUCAACUGGAAACACAGCUGUCAUCUCAGAAGGAACUCAAAUUCACAGUUUUGUUGCUUUUGUCAAAGUUACUGACAAUGACAAUGGAGUAAAUGGACAAGUGAAGUGUCAUUUACAAAAUAGAUAUCUUCAGCUUAUUUCAAUGUCUGAAAAGAAAUACAAAGUUGUUGUCAAGAGUGAAAUAGAUAGAGAGAGUGAGAAGAGCUUUAAUUUCACCAUUAAAUGUCAAGAUAAUGGUUUACCUCCAUUGAAAGUCGAGAAACAGUUUUCAAUGCUGGUCACUGACAUAAAUGAUGUACAACCUCAGUUUAGUCAGGACAUAUUUAAGUUUCUCACCUAUGAAAAUGAACACAAAGACUUCCCUGUUGGAUAUGUCAAUGCCACAGACCCAGAUAUUGGAGAUGGAGGACAAUUAACCUAUUCUCUAUUAUCUAAUGGAAAAGAUAUUCUACCAUUUCAGAUAUCUGAUGUGGGAUUCAUUUCCACAACUGAGUCCCUAGACAGAGAAGAAAAGAACCUGUAUGAGUUUAAGGUUUUAGUAAAAGAUAAAGGAACACCAUCACUGGAGAAGAGAGCAAAUGUUGUUGUUGAGGUUAUGGAUUUAAAUGAUAAUGCUCCCUAUUUCAGUUUCCCUAAUGUUGACCCUUUCAGUCUUAAUGUCCACUACCAUCCCCACUCUGACCAUGACAUCACAGUUGUUAGGGCCUCUGACAGAGACAGUCAACACAAUGCCUUCCUCACAUAUGAAAUACUCAGAGGUAAUGAGAAACACUUAUUUCAAAUGAACCAUCACUCUGGUGUCUUAUCUUUCUCUCGCUCACUUUACCAAAAUGAUGCUGGAUUCUAUGAACUGGAAUUAGGUGUGAAAGACAGUGGCAGUCCAGUUCUGUCAUCGACAACAACUUUGUCUUUGACUCUAACAGUUAGUAACACCACAUCAAAGAUAUUUAAGACCCCUUCAAAGACAACAACAGAAUCAAGUAAUGGUCUCCAAUUGAAUGUGAUGAUUGUUAUUGUUAUAGCAGCUGUGAUCGUAUCAGUUGUCAUAGUGAUCUCUAUAUCGAUCUGUAUAGUUCAUAGACUGAAGCAGACAGACAGCAACUAUAACAACAGUGUUGAUAUGUACCACAAGGUUACACCUGCAUUAAACGUCCAAUCAAAAUAUAUAUUUGAUCCCACUUGUGUUCUUCCUGGGAUUCAGUACACAUUGAAGGGAAAUGUAAAGAAAUCUCAACAACCAAUGGUAGACAGAGAAGAUAUUCACUGCAGAACCAUGCUAGGUAAUAGAUGGGAUAACUCAACAUUAAGACGUCAUCAGCAGAUGUUUGUUCCAAGAGAAGAAAGUAUGUCUCCGGGUUACAGAGAACUAAGCAGUGCUGACGAAACCAGUGAAAUGUCAAUCUUGUCUUCUCACACAGAUAGUAGUCAUGGCUGGAGUGUCGGUAGUGCUGGACAUUAUGAAACCCUGCCAGAUCUGUGUCGUUACCAAAUUGAACAUACAUGGAACAGGAGAAAACAGCUUCCACACACACUGGAUAGAUCGAGGGGAGAUAACAACAAUCAAUACCCUGGAUAUACUUACCAACCAAACAUUGAUUCUAACACAGUCUGUCAUCCUGACCAAAUACCUUUGAAUAUAACUGGUACCACAUCUAAUAUAACUGAAUAUCCAUCUACAACGCCAAUGACAAGUGUCUUUACUUCAAAUAAUAAACCACCUCUACCAGCUGUACCUAAAGUAACAACACUACCAAAGGUACCCUCAGUACUUCAGGUACCUGUUCUAUCUACACCAAACAACACCAUAGCAUUACAUUAACACUAAAAUAUUAUUGUCAUCAAUAAGGCAUUACUUAAACCUUUUUGAAACGGUUACUACCAUUAUUUUAAAGUAUUGAAUGAUAUUCCUGGGAAUUUAUCUUUGACAGAAAACAAGAGCCAUAUAUUUUACAAUUUGUAAACACAGGUGUGUGUGUAUAUAUACACACACACACUCGUGUUUACCAAUUCUGGAAUGUGUGUGAGAUAUAAUCCCGUUCAGUAAUAUUAUUCCUAAAUUCCAUUCCUGAUUGCUUUGUAUAACAGUUUUUAACAGUUACCUCCCUUGAUUAUUGUUUACCUU